AUGACCACCGACUUGAUCACCGCCAAGAAGGGCAUCACUUUGGCCGAGGGUAACUCUUUGUUGAGAACCUCCAAGAAGGGUAAGUUGCCAAUUGUUGACGAGGCCGGUAAUUUGGUCUCCCUCAUCUCUUUGACCGACUUGCAAAAGAACCAAAACUACCCAGACGCCUCCAAGUCUUUCCACUCCAAGCAAUUGUUGUGUGGUGCUGCUAUCGGUACCAUCCAAGCUGACAGAGAGAGAUUGACCAAGUUGGUUGAGGCUGGUUUGGACGUCGUCAUCUUGGACUCCUCUAACGGUUCUUCCGUUUUCCAAUUGGACAUGAUCAAGUGGAUCAAGGCCACCUACCCUGAAUUGCAAGUCAUUGCCGGUAACGUCGUUACCAGAGAGCAAGCUGCUUUGUUGAUUGAGGCUGGUGCCGAUGGUUUGAGAAUCGGUAUGGGUUCUGGUUCCAUCUGUAUCACCCAAGAGGUUAUGGCCUGUGGUAGACCUCAAGGUACCGCCGUCUACAACGUCUGCGAGUUCGCAAGCCAAUUCGGUGUUCCAUGUAUCGCCGAUGGUGGUAUUGGUAACAUCGGACACAUCACCAAGGCCUUGGCUUUGGGUGCUUCCUGUGUGAUGAUGGGUGGUUUGUUGGCUGGUACCACCGAGACCCCAGGUGACUACUUCUACCGUGACGGUAAGAGAUUGAAGACCUACCGUGGUAUGGGUUCCAUCGAUGCCAUGCAACAAACCUCCACCAACGCCAACGCCUCUACCUCUCGUUACUUCUCCGAGUCCGACAAGGUUUUGGUCGCUCAAGGUGUUUCUGGUUCCGUUGUCGACAAGGGUUCGAUCACCAAGUUCAUUCCAUACUUGUUCAACGGUUUGCAGCACUCUUUGCAAGACAUUGGUGUCCAGUCUUGCGAGGAAUUGAGAGCUGCCGUUUACGGUGGUGAGGUCAGAUUCGAGUUCAGAACUGCCUCUGCUCAAUUGGAGGGUGGUGUUCACGGUUUGCACUCUUAUGAGAAAAAAUUGCACAACUAG